AUGUCCUCGCUAAUUUCAAUGGAUGUCGCUACAGGGACAAAUGGAGAAGGUCCAUCUUUAACUGUGGACGAGAGAAAGGCGGUGUUAGAAUUGUGGAUUGAGAGAGCCAAGGGAAAAUUUGUUAUCAUUGCCCAAACCGGUGGUUGUAAUCAGAGAGAGGCUAUAGAAUUAAGUAAACAUGCAGGACAAGUCGGUGUUGAUGCCUUUGCAUGUAUGGUUCCAUCGUUCUUCAAGGCUAAAACUGAAGAGGCAGUUGUACAGUUUUUGGAGCCUAUAGCCGCGGCAGCUCCUAACACACCGUUCUAUUAUUACGAUAUUAACUUUCUCACAGGGGUAUACUUGAAUACCCGUAAAAUCCUAGAACUUGGUAAAAGUCGAAUUCCCAAUCUUAGGGGAGCAAAAUUUUCCUGUCCCGAGAUGUCUGGUCUAUUUGAUUCUACCUUGGCAGACGAUAACAUGCAGAUCAUGUGUGGCUCGGAUAUGUUCCUGGCAAUGUUGGCACUAGGAGUAGAGGUACCAGUUGUUUAUGGUCACUAUUCUAAACUCUUCAACCAGCUUCAGCAGGCCUUUAAACAGGGCGAUAUGAAAACAGCUCGAAAAAUACAGGUAAG